AUGACAGAUGUAAUGAGCGAGCCUCCCAGAGCUGUCAAGUUCCAGCAUCUCUGCGCGCUGGACAGAGGAGGCGCCUGUGGGAUCGGGCGCCCGGCCGUAUAUAAGGCCCGGGAAUUCUCCCCAUCUGCUUGUCAAACUGACCAGCAGCAUCUCUCAGCAAGUCUUGGGGUCUCCAUCAUUCGGCACAGGAAAGAAGGAAGCCCUCCACAAUGCCAGAGCCCACCAAGAAAGAGGGGACCACCUUACUUGGAAAGUAACCUGUUUACUUCCUGCUUCUUAGAAUGGUCUGUUGGUGAAUCUCCAGUUGGGGAAGAACAAGACAAGCAGAAUGCCAACACCUCACAAAGUGUUCUCUUUGUGGAAAAGCCCCAGAAUGGAACCGUGAAAGUUGGUGAAAAUAUUACCUUUAUAGCCAAAGUUGAAGCCAAAGAUCUUCUCCGAAAACCCACAGUCAAAUGGUUCAAAGGAAAAUGGAUGGACUUGGCCAGCAAAGCUGGGAAACAUCUUCAGCUGAAGGAAACCUUUGAAAGGCAAACUAGGAUGUACACAUUUGAGAUGCAGAUCAUCCAAGCUAAGGAGAACUAUGCCGGAAACUACAGGUGUGAAGUGUACUACAAGGACAAGUCCGAUAGCUGUUCCUUUGACCUUGAAGUACAUGAAUCUACUGGAACCACUCCAAACAUUGAUAUCAGAUCUGCUUUCAAAAGAAGCGGUGAAGGACAAGAGGAUGCAGGAGAACUUGACUUUAGUGGUCUCCUGAAACGUAGGGAAGUCAAGCAACAGGAAGAAGAGCCAGAAAUAGAUGUGUGGGAGCUUCUGAAAAAUGCCAAUCCCAAUGAAUAUGAGAAGAUCGCCUUUCAGUAUGGCAUCACUGAUCUGAGAGGCAUGCUCAAGCGACUGAAGCGCAUGAGGAGGGUUGAGAAGAAAAGCGCAGCUUUUUCAAAAAUUCUUGAUCCUGCCUAUCAGGUAGACAAAGGUGGUAAGGUCAGAUUUGUGGUGGAGUUGGCGGAUCCAAAGUUAGAAGUGAAAUGGUAUAAAAAUGGACAAGAAAUACGGCCCAGUACAAAAUACAUCUUUGAGCACAAAGGAUGCCAGAGAAUCAUGUUUAUCAAUAACUGCCAGAUGACAGAUGAUUCAGAGUAUUAUGUGACAGCUGGAGAUGAGAAAUGUUCCACAGAACUCUUUGUAAGAGAGCCCCCAAUAAUGGUGACCAAACAACUGGAGGAUACCAAGGCCUACUGUGGGGAAAGAGUAGAACUGGAAUGCGAGGUGUCUGAGGAUGAUGCCAAUGUAAAAUGGUUUAAGAAUGGUGAGGAGAUUGUCAUGGGUCCAAAAUCUAGAUACUGGGUCAAAGUGGAAGGGAAGAAGCACAUCUUGAUCAUAGAAGGAGCCACCAAGGCGGACAGCGCGGAGUACUCUGUCAUGACAACUGGGGGACAGUCUUCUGCCAAACUGAGUGUGGAUUUGAGACCCCUGAAGAUAUUGCAGCCCCUAACAGAUAUAACUGAGAAACUUGGAAAGGAAAUCUGCUUGAAGUGUGAAAUCUCUGAAAACAUAUCAGGAAAAUGGACUAAGAACGGCCUACCUGUCCAAGAAGGUGAACGCUUAAAGGUCGCCCACAAAGGAAGAAUCCACAAAUUAGUGAUAGCCAGUGCUCUCAUUGAGGAUGAAGGUGAAUACGUAUUUACACCUGAUGCCUACAAUAUUCCGUUGACUGCCAAAGUUCACGUUAUAGAUCCUCCUAAGAUCUACCUGGAUGGUCUGGAUGCUGACAACACUGUCACCGUCAUUGCUGGAAGCAAACUUCGCCUUGAGAUCCCAGUCAGUGGAGAGCCGGCCCCCAAGGUUAUGUGGAGCAGGGCAGACAAGGCUAUUGCAGAAGGUGGAGGUCGGAUACGAUCUGAAUCCUAUCCCGAUAGUAGCACCUUGGUCAUUGAUGUAGCCGAGAGAGAAGAUUCUGGGGUCUACAACAUCAAUCUCAAGAAUGAAGCAGGAGAGGCACAUGCAAGCAUCAAGAUCAAGGUGGUCGAUCUCCCGGAUCCUCCAUUGGCACCUAACGUGUCAGAUGUGGGAGAUGAUUGGUGUAUUAUGAACUGGGAGCCCCCCGCAAAUGAUGGCGGGUCCCCUAUCCUAGGAUACUUUAUCGAAAGGAAAAAAAAACAGAGUUCUAGGUGGAUGAGGCUGAAUUUUGAUCUCAUCAAAGAAACAACAUUUGAGCCCAAGAAAAUGAUUGAAGGUGUUGCCUAUGAAGUCCGGAUAUUUGCUGUUAAUGCCAUUGGCAUCUCCAAGCCCAGCAUACCCUCCAAGCCUUUCGUUCCCUUGGCUGUAACCAGCCCACCUACUCUUCUGGCUGUUGACUCUGUAACUGAUACCACGGUGACGAUGAAAUGGAGACCCCCAGACCAGAUUGGUGCAGCAGGUUUAGAUGGCUAUGUAUUAGAGUAUUGCUUUGAAGGAACGGAGGACUGGAUAGUGGCCAACACAGAACUGAUUGACAAAACUAAAUUCACCAUUACUGGUCUUCCAACGGAUGCAAGAAUCUUUGUGAGAGUAAAAGCUGUGAAUGCUGCUGGUGCCAGUGAACCUAAAUAUUAUGGACAACCAAUCUUAGUCAAGGAAAUUAUUGAACAGCCAAAGAUUCGCAUCCCUCGACAUCUGAAGCAAACUUAUAUCCGAAGAGUUGGAGAAGCUGUGAAUCUUGUCAUUCCUUUCCAGGGAAAACCAAGGCCAGAGUUAACUUGGAAGAAGGAUGGUGUUGAUAUAGAUAAGAACCAAAUAAACAUACGCAACUCCGAAACGGAUACAAUCAUAUUUAUCAGAAAAGCAGAAAGAAGUCACUCAGGGAAAUAUGAUCUGGAAGUGAAAGUGGAAAAAUAUGUGGAGACUGCCUCAAUAGAUAUUCAGAUAGUUGAUCGUCCUGGCCCACCCCAAACUGUAAAGAUUGAAGAUGUAUGGGGAGAAAAUGCUGCCUUAGUAUGGACACCACCAAAGGAUGAUGGAAAUGCUGCCAUUACAGGGUACACAAUCCAAAAAGCUGACAAAAAGAGCAUGGAAUGGUUCACUGUCAUUGAGCACUAUCACAGGACUAGUGCUACCAUCACCGAGCUUGUCAUAGGAAACGAAUAUUACUUCCGAGUAUUUGCUGAAAACAUGUGUGGUCUGAGUGAGGAAGCAACAAUGACAAAAGAGAGCGCAGUGAUCGCCAAGGAUGGAAAAGUCUACAAAAACCCUGUGUAUGAUGACUUUGAUUUCACUGAAGCCCCGAUGUUCACCCAACCUUUGGUGAACACGUACGCCAUAGCAGGUUACAAUGCAACCCUGAACUGCAGCGUAAGAGGGAAUCCAAAGCCCAAAAUAACCUGGAUGAAAAACAAAGUUGCCAUUGUGAAUGACCCAAGAUAUAGGAUGUUCAGUAACCAAGGAGUCUGUACUUUGGAGAUUCGUAAGCCCAGCCCCUAUGAUGGAGGGACCUACUGCUGCAAAGCAGUCAAUGACCUGGGGACAGUGGAGAUUGAAUGCAAGCUGGAGGUGAAAGGUGGCCUUUCCUUCUGCAGGCUUCUUUUGCAAGGUGUGCCUCCAAACAUAAUUGAUUCAUAUUUGCGAGACUUGGAAUCGAGCAAUCCUGAGGGAAACUGAGGCUGCCCAGUGCUUCCCUGCUACUGUAGUGAAAACUGGUUGCCAGUGGGAAAACAUGUUUUUGGUUAUGGUUCUUCCAAUAGCAACCCAAGUGUGGUCAUUUCUUUCCUCCUUCUGUUGAAAAUAAAAAUAUUCACGUGGAUUGCUUAGAGUGGGCAUUCUUGGAAAGACCUAGAUUGGAA